AACCCAGAGAUACAGUACCAAUAGCAGACUUGACCUGACUUGCUCAAACUAAGGCAGAAUGAGUGUGAUGUCUCUGGCUGUAGUGUGCUCGCUAGGACUGCUUGUUAUCAUUAAUGCUGAAGGCGGUGCGCAAUCAGAACCGAACAUGCACAGUAUGACAUGUCGGUGUUUGAAAGUAACAUCUAAGCGUGUAAAUCCAAAGUACCUUAAGAAAAUCGACAUACACCCUCCACGAAAGAGUUGUCCAAAGAUAGAGGUUUUGGUAACCAUGACAAAUGAUAAUGUUAUAUGUAUCGAUCCAGAGGCAAAAUGGUUUUCAGAUAUGAUGCAACGUCUACUAAAAAAGAAUAAACACAUUCAGAAGACAACAUCAGAGUUGGCCUCAGCAGAAUCCAAGUAGUCCAAAUUGCAUCUCCGCACCUCUCUCUGCAUGCAUAACAGAUAACAUUUGGUUGACAUAAUAGAACUAGAGAAAAAAUAUACUGGAAAACAACUUCUUUUAAAAUCAAUUAAUUUUAUGUACAUUUGUUUUUUUUUUUAUGCUGGGGGCUUUGUCCUGUUGUUCCAAAGAUAUUUCUUGGCAAGCAUCCAAUCCUUUAUAAUGGAUCCCAGGUUAGGGCGGUUCUCUUGUGCUUCUUCUUAUAUGUUACUUUAUUAUACUUCAUGUGUUCUGCUAUAAAGAGAACUGAAGCUCUCCAUUCGGCAUAAUAUAUAACUGAUAUAAUUAUCUGACUGUCCGCUGCUGCAGAAAGUGUGUAACCUUACAAAUGGUGUGCAGUCUAUAGAUCUACAGUGUCUAGGUAGACAGUCAAUAGGUCAACAUCAAAUGGUCGACAUGCACUAGGUCGACGUUGUCAUGGGGCUGACAUGUAAAUGGCCGAUAGUGCUUAUGGUUGACAGUUACAAAGGUCAACAGGUUCAAAUGGUCAACAUACAAAUGGUAGGCACAGCAUAUGGCUGACAUGAGUUUAUUUGAGUUUUUUUUUUUUUAUGUAACUUUCUUACACUUUACCAUCCACAUGGACUUUGAUUAUGAAUAGUAGUAACCGGUGCUGUGCCAUGUGAGGGGACGCUGUACACUAAUUGGGGGUCCCUGUGCUGUGAUGGCAAGAAUGACACAAAAAAUUUAAAAAAAAUGUUGUGUCAACCUUUUUCUGUGUCGACCAUUUUUCAUGUCAACCUUUUCCAGAGUUGACCCUUUAGAGUUCAACCUAAUGACCAUUUCAACCUUCUUUUUUUUUUGUGUAAACUGUUUUUAUUGGUUACAUCAGCAAACAAAACAUUACAGCAAUACUUUUCAAAAAAGAGAAAAGAAGGGAGGGGGAACAAAAAUAUCACAUAAUAUAUAUAUGUCAGUACACUACAUAUAGAUCACCCCUAGUAGAGAAAUAAUUUGUCUGCUUUACUGACAACAUUAAAACUUAUAAAGGAGGAACAUUUUAACAAAACAGGUUAGGAAAAUGGAAAAGAAGAGAAAGAAGUAGAAGAGAAGAAGGAGGGGGGAGAAGCGAGGGAAAAUUAGGGUGGGAAGAGUCAAGUGUGAGAGUCCGCGCAAUAGGUGUAGACCAUUUGGAGGGCGGAGGGGUGUUUUUUACCAAUUAUGGGUCCAGGCCAUGUUAUAGAGACAUCGGUGUCGAAAUAUGUGCAUGGAUAUGAGUAUGAAUGUGAGUAUACAUAUGAUUAUGUUUAUGAUUGUAAGGAGGGUUAUGUCGUCAUGUAGGACCGAUACAACGGUGUGUCCUUAAAAUCGUACCAGGGAAACCAGAUGGCUAUAAAAUUCACUGUUUUCCCAGAUGAGAAGGAGACUAGGUCUUCCAUAUCUAAGAAAUAAUCAACCUUUGUGAACCAUAAUUUAAUCGAGGGUGGAGAGGUGGAUCUCCAAAGAAUUGGAACCACCGCUUUAGCUGCGUUGCUAAGGUGUCUCAACAGGGAAUGUUUGUAGGAGUGUGUUCCUACGGGGGUGUGAUUGAGGAGCCAAAAACCUGGAUCUUUCGGAAUCUCAUCUCCCACUAUCUGUUCGGUGCAUUUAAAUACCUCCGUCCAAAAUGGAGUUAUAAGAGGGCAAUCCCACCAAAUAUGUAUAAAACUCCCUAGGGCGAUUUUGCAUCUCCAGCACAGGUUCGAGAGAGAGGGAAACAUUUUAUUGAGAACACUAGGAGUCCUAUUCCACCUAUAUAUGAGUUUAUAGAGGGUCUCUAAUGUCGAUAGACUUAGAGAACUCGCCUGGGCGUUCUUAAAUACGGUAUCCCAGUUAAUCUGCGUGGGUAGCCCCGAUAAUUCCUUCUCCCAAGAAGCCAGAAAGGUAGGAGGUUGCGGGAAAAAUUUUUCCAUGAUGAUCGUAUAGAUUUGUGAGAUAGUAUGUGUGGGAGAGCUGGGAGAGGUGCAUAAUCCUUCAAAUCGGGUGAGAUCCCUAGUUAUGUCAGAGAGGUUCUUAGAAAAUGAUAUGAAAUGAUGAGCCUGCAGGAACCUCCAGAACUCAGCACUAUGUAGGUUCCAAGAAGAUUGAACAUCUGAAAAAGAGCGCACCCUACCCGAACUCACCAGCUGACCGACUCUAAAAAUCCCGGCUUCCGCCCAUGAAGCGAAAGCAGUCCCUUGAAAGCCCGGGGCAAACUCGGAGUUAUAGAGAAGGGAGGUUAGGGGGGACCAUUUUGAGGAUAUAUGGCUCUGGGAUCUCAGCGUGGCCCAUAGUUUGAGCGUGGGGGAGACUGUGGGGUGCGAGACCUCCGGGAGGGUAGGAAGCCAAGGUACAAUUUCAAUGUAAUGUGGAAGACAUUCCUCUUCCAGUAGGACCCAUUGUUUGCGGUCUUUGGCCCGUGUCCAUUCCAGAAUCCUAUUCAGGUGUACCGCGUGGUAGUAGUUAGGAAUAUGUGGAAGCUGUUGCCCCCCUUGAUGUUUUCUCCUAAACAAAAUGUCGUGUUUAAAUCUGGGUGUCUUACAACCCCAUACAAACGCGCGAAUAAGAUUUUGGACGUCUCGGAGCCAAAGCAAGGGGAUGUGUAUCGGAAGGGUCUGGAGAAAGAAUAGUAUCCUGGGGAGGGCAUUCAUUUUGACAACGUUAAUUCUACCGAACCAGGACAAUCUGAGUUUCUUCCAUUUCUGGAAAUCUAUGCGAAGCCUAGCCAAUAAGGGGUUAAAAUUUAGGGAGAACAAUUUGGAUAGGUCGUUGGUCAGCAAUACCCCCAAAUAUUUUAAUUUAUGCUCAUGCCAGGUGAAAGGGAAGGCAUGUUUCAGGUUUUCUACUAUAGCAGGAGGGGUAGUUAAAUUCAUUGCAACAGAUUUGGAAUAAUUUAUUUUGAAGUUAGAGAGGGCUCCAAACUUCUCAAAUUCUGCCAUCAAGUUUGGCAAAGAGGUGACCGGAUUUGUGAUUAUAACAAGUAGAUCGUCAGCAUAUAAAGCCAGUUUGUAUUCGGUCCCCUUUACCAACAAUCCCGAAAUACUCGGAUUAGCCCUAAUGCUUCGGGCUAAUGUUUCCAUGCAAAGGACAAAGAGCAAUGGGGAUAAUGGGCAGCCCUGUCGCGUGCCAUUGGAAAUUGGAAAGGAAUCAGAAAGGGAGCCAUUAAUCCUAAUUUUGGCGGACGAGGAGGCAUAGAGGGAUAGGAUUCUGUGAAGACAGGCGUUACCAAGUCCCAGAUGUUUCAGUAUACCAGUCAUAAAGUCCCAGUCCACUCUGUCAAAUGCUUUUUCGGCAUCUGUCGACAGUAGGAUUGAUGGGGAUGAAAGCUGGCCGGCAUAGUGAAUCAUGUUGAGCACUUUAGAGGUAUUAUCCCUAGCUUCUCUGCCUAAAACAAAUCCAGCUUGAUCUCCAUGUAUCAGACCAGGUAAUAAUAGUUUAAGGCGGUUUGCAAUCAGUUUGGCGAAAAGUUUUAUGUCUAUAUUUAAUAGUGAGAUUGGCCGGUAACUGGAGCAGAGACUGGGGUCUUUACCUUCUUUGGGUAGAACUGCAAUAUGGGCUUCGAGAGAUUGAGGGGAGAAAUGUGAAUGUUCUGAUAUGGUAUUAAAGGCUCUCGUGAGUAUAGGGAUUAAUUUCUCUUUAAAAGCUUUAUAAUAGGCAAUAGUAUAUCCAUCAGGACCGGGACUCUUGCCAUUGGGAGAGGAUUCAAUGGCUUUCUGAACCUCCUCAGUAGAGAACGGGGCAUCUAGAUCUUCUACUUCAUCUGCGGUUAGUGUGGGGAAGUCUAAGGUCCGUAGAUAAUCAGCUAUGGCUGUUUGAUGGGACAACCUGUCAAUUCUCCCGUUCGGGCCAGAGAGGUUAUACAGAGUGGAAUAAUAUGUCCUAAAGGCCCUAGCUAUGUGGGGUGUCUGGUGUUGGGAUUGGCCGUGACUAUUUUUGAUUGUAUGAAUAAAAGUAAGAGCACGUUGUUCUCUAAGUGCUUUGGCUAGUAAUUUCCCAGGCUUAUUGCCCCAUUGAUAGUAUCUGCUACGGCACUUCCGAUAAGAAAACUUGACUCUAUCCGAAAGUAACUUAUUCAGAUCUGCCCUAGCAGUUUCGAGGUCGGCAUAAUGUUGUGGGGUUUGGGAUUUUUUGUGUAGAAGCUCGAGAGAUUGUAUCUUAGACAGUAAAUCACCCCGAAGUUUCUCUCUCUGCUUCUUACGGAAAGAUCCUAUUUGAACACAAACCCCCCUAAUGACGCAUUUGUGAGCUUCCCAGACUGAGACUUUGGAAAUGUCGUCUAAGUCGUUGGUGCAAAUGUAAGAAUCUAAAGCUUUGUCGAUUUGGGACCUGCAGUCUGCGUCUUGCAGGAAGGUGUUGUUGAAACGCCAGGACCACUGGCGAUGUGUAUUGGGGGGCAAGCGCAGAGUGAGGUUAACUGGGGCAUGAUCUGACCACACAAUCUGUCCUAUAGAGGCAUCAGAGAGAAGGUGUAAAUGCCGGUGGCUCAGAAAUAAAUAAUCGAUUCUGGAAUAUGUCUGAUGUGGAUGCGAGAAAAAGGAAUAAUCUACCUCAGUAGGAUGUGUCAGUCUCCAUGUAUCAAUCAGCUGGUGGUCGAGCAGGGCGCGCCUCAUUCCCCUAUGCUCCUUCUCUGGCCUGCAGGAAAUCUUUUUAGAAUUGUCCUGACGGGGGUCUAGGGCCCAAUUUAGAUCACCUCCCAUCACGACCACCCCUUCUAAAAGAGGUUCCGCAUCAUCUAGAACUGAGGAUAUAAAGGAAGGUUGUUUAGCGUUAGGAGCGUAUAUGUUCAAGAAAGAGAAACGUUGGCCAUGUAUGUCGCAUUUCACCAGCAACCCCCUACCUUCCGCUAUUCCGUGGGAGGUAACAUUGAGGACAGGCAGAUGGCGAGCUAAUAAUAUAGCCACGCCUAGAGUCUUACCAGCGGAGUUAUUAGACAGGAAAACAUAUGGAUAAUAGUGACAUUUUAGGGACGGCACGUGUCCUAUCUUGAAGUGUGUUUCCUGAAUGAAAGCAACGUCAAUUUUCUCGUCUCUAAGCCAUUUGAGAAGUUUAGACCUUUUUUCAGGGACAUUCAGCCCUUUAACGUUAAGGGUAGUUACGUGUAGAUCAUUCACCCCCAUUAUCAGAUAAAUCUAAUCGCUUCACAUUAGUCUCUCCUACGGCAGACUCAGGGGGAGGUAAGAGAUGAGCAGUAAGAGGAGCAGAUAGGGAAAAAGGGGAAGUGAGGAAAAGAAUAGAAAAAGAUGCAGCGUGAGAGACCACGCCGAAAGGUAUUUUGAUAGUAAACAGAAAUGGUACUACUACAAAAAAGACUGCUGCAAUAAGGACAGGAGCGGAAUCCUGCCGACUCCCAGUCCAAAAGAACAGGGGAUGCAGCAUAGUGGGGUCCUGCAGGGGGCUCAGGACAGCGACCACUCCCAGGAUAGUAUCUAGAUAAAUGUGUGGUAUUACCGAGGUGUGCCCAAGGCACAAGUGAAACAAGAGAAAAAAAAUAUAUAUAACAAUAUAAAAGUAUACAUGCUUAUAUAAAAGCGUACAGAUAAUCCUUUAAACUAUCAAACCAGGCUUCAGGAAGCCAUGGCAUCUGUACACUAUUACUCAAUUAUAUAAACCGAUCUCAUGUGUGAGCAACAUAUAGCACUUAUUUAAGACAGAAAAAACUCAGUGUAUAACAUAGGUAGCGAGUAAAUUCACGUCCACUCGGGACGAGGUUUCUCACUCAGGGAGGCUUUGAAGGACGUGGACCCGGAGUGGUUCCCCGCAUCCGUGGGGAACGAACUUGCUGCCACGCGUCGUCUGGAGGGAGCACAACAGGCAGGUCCGGCAGGUGGUGAAAAGCGUCCCAGUCUGGUACCGGAACCGGAGGGAUUCCCAAGAUCGUGAAGAAGGCCUGUAAAUCCGAAGGUCUAGAGAAACUUGCGAUUUUGCCACCUUGAGAGACCUGGAGGGAGAAAGGGAAGCCCCAUCUGUAUUUCAGCUCGAGUUUCCUGAGAGAGUCUGUAAGAGGUUUCAAGGCUCGACGUUGUUGCAAGGUCGACCAGGCAAGGUCAGGAAAUAUCUGAAUCCUGUCGCCUUGGAAGUCGAUGUUGUCUAGCUGACGGGCCGACCUCAUUAUUUCUUCUUUCUGGGCAUAAUAAUGGAGCCUGCAAAUCACAUCUCGUGGCCUGUCGGAGGGUAAGCCCCGAGGACGGAGGGCUCUGUGGGCUCUAUCGAAUAUAAUGUCCGUGUUCGGGUCCAUGUCAAUAAGUUCUCCGAAUAUCUUAGAUAAGGCAGCUAUCAGGUCCGCCUGCUGGACACUCUCAGGUAGACCUCUGACUCUAAUAUUAUUUCGCCGGCCGCGAUUAUCCAUAUCCUCAAUUCGUGAUUUUAGAAAGGAGAUAUCGUCCCGUUGGUGAAAUAGCACUUCCCGAAAUUUAGUCAGAGAGUCCACAGUAGACGAUUCAUGGCGUUCUAGGAUAUCAACUCGAGUCGCGAUUUGGGACAUAUCGUGUCGGAGCGCUGUCACUUCUUGAGUGAUGGUGGAAAGUAAGCGAGUCUCCAAGGCCGAGAAAUCUUGUUUCGUGGGAAGUGUCCUUACGUGAGACAAUAUCUCACUUAUCUCCGCAGACAGAGAGUGGGUCUGUGAGGACAGCGGAGUCCCAGGGGAUGCCAUGUCGUCCACCGGGUCGCGUGGAGUUGUGGAGGUCGGGACAGUAGAUGAAGCAGCGGGGGUUGGAGGUUGGAGAGGUUAAGAACUGACGUAGGUCUGACGAGUGUCGGUUCGUGGGAGAUGGGAUCGCGUCCGGCUUGGUUUUGACCUUUUUUUUCUUUAUCCCUCUCACCAUGAGAUCGGUCUUUAAAUUUAGCGGUUUAGAAUUACACUUUCACAUAUCCUCGGCACUGUAAAUCAUGAGGGUCGUCGCCGUGCAGAAGCCCCCACGUGGUCUUAGGGUGACAUCAGGCAGGCGUGUAUAUGGCUAGGGACCCAUACGCCACUUCACAAUGGCAGUACAUCCAAUACGCCCUGAUGGGGGUCCAAUUGCGGGAUCCCGGUCCAGUGGGCAGGAAACCAGCUGACGCAGAUGCCCGGAUGGAUGUAUAGGUAGAUGGAUGGAUGGAUGGACGGAUGAGUGGGGGGGACACUUAGAUAGGUUUAUAUUGCACAGAGGCCUAAGUGACCUAGUCUUAUGUGUAUCUUACCCCCACACUCAGGUACUGUAGAAUUGUGGCCCAGGGAUCUUAGUCCCAUCCAGUAGCUCCGCAGGAGUGAGCUUCCCAGCACUUCACUUUAAAUCCAAGAUGGCCGCCGGGCGCCCAUCAGCUCCGUCCAGCGUGUCUUUCCUCCGGGUCCCCGUCGGGCAGGUAUGCGUAGGUUGAAGCUGGUGGCGGGGAGAUACCGCUAGCCGCGGCCGGCGGCCAGCGGCAGUCGAAAGAACGGAGCUCCGGAGGAGGUCCGCGGCCCGGGCAGCGGGUCCUGGAGCCGUCCCCGGCCUGCAGCCAAACUCGAGGUCCCGGCCCCCCCCAAGUCCCGCAGGCCGCAACCCGCAGGAGCAGUUAAAACUGCUCCUCGAUUCCGCGGCACUGCAGGAGGCUCAGCAGGAGGUUCAGGCAGGGUAGUAGAGGAGGUGGGGUAAUCGAAGGAGGCGCAGGAGGGAGAGGAUUAGGUGUUUUGAGCGAUGGGUCCCGGGAGCUCUUUCAGAUCACGUCUGUCUCCUUCUGCAUCCAGACCACGCCCCCCACCAUUUCAACCUUGUCACUGUAGACCAUUUGCCCGAAGCAUGGCAGGCGAAUCGAUGGGACGAGGUACACAAAUUGGAGUUCCAUGUGCUGUGACGGCGAAAAUGACAAAAAAUUUAAAAAAAUUGUGUCGACCUUUUUCUGUGUCUACCAUUUUUUUGUCGACCUUUUCCAGUGUCAACUUUUUAGAGGUCGACCUUAUGACCAUGUCGACCGCUUGUGCAUGUCAACCUUUUCACUGUUGACCAUUUGGUGUCGACCUAUUCAUUGUAACCUUCUAUUGCAUCGUAACCCUUACAAAUAUAAUAUGACUGAAUUUAAAGGUAUCUGUGUUUUUUGAGAAAUGAAAGGUCAAAGGACUUCAUUCAGGUCCAGUUAGUGCAUUGAAGCACAAAGUAAAGAUGUUUAGUACUUUGAGCAUGCACAGGACCCCUUCUGCACGUGCGGACCCUGCAAAACUGAAUGCAGGAACGGCAUCAGACUGUCAGUGAUUAACAGUCUGAUGCUAUUUGUGAGCAAGGAGGGGGCAAAGACUCUGUGAGAUUUCCUGACCUCUGCAACAGGCAGCUUCCACAAGCCGCACGGUGGUGCUGGGGAAGACUCGAUACUUCAUCCUUGGAUGCAGUUUGGAUUAGUAAUGUCCCCUGUUGUAUUACCAUAAUAGUGCUAUUGCGGGAUGUGGUCAAUUUACCUACAAUCAAAAUCCUGACGGUCAAAAUACAGACAACCAUUGACCGAUGGUCAAAAUACCGACAAGGUCCAAAUACCGACAUUUAAAAUACAGACAAAGUCAUAAUACCAAUAUGUAAAAUGUCAACAGGUCAAAAAGUCGACAUGAGUUCUUAAUGAUUUUUUCAUUAAAACCGACUCUUUCAUACUUUACCAUUCCAGUGGACCUGGAGGUGGAAUAUAAUAGUGUCCGAAGCAUGGCGAGUGCAGCGGUACACUUAUACGGUGUCCAUGUUGACCUAUGUCGGCACACACCAAAAAAAAAACAAUGAAAAACUUUUGUUGACUUUUUGAUUUGUCGACAUUUUAAAUGUCCAUAUUUUGACAUUGUCGAUAUUUUAAAUGUCUGUAUUUUGACCUUGUCGGGAUUUUGACCGUCGGUCAGCUGUUGUCGGGAUUUUGAUUGUAGGUAUUUCAUACUGAUCCCGCUAUUGCUGCUGCUUCCAUAGCACCUCCAACCACAUUUGAAUGAGGGCCAAUGAACUGAAAUUGCUAGCAGUCAUACUGUAUAUCAAUCAAAUAUCGCAGAUAUAUGUAAUUAAUUGCUUUAACUCCAAUUUGUUAACUAAUUGUGCUUCAAGCAUUACUAUUUAUAUUUUAUAUAAAAGUUCAAUAAUAUAAGUAUAAGUAUACACAAAGAAAUGGGGAACAUUGAGGAUAAAUAGUUCUAGUCUCUAAAUUGAUUUUAAAAACAUAUUUUAUAUGUAUAAAAAGUCUAGCAAAACCCAGACUACACUUGUUAUGUCUACUCUCGGUAGUUUAUAGUCGUACGGAAAUACAGUGGUAUCCCUACCUAAGGUGACACCCGGUGCGGGCAGACAUGCUGUUUGUGCACCUUCGGCGUGUGCUGGCAAAAAGGGGCACGGCCUUGUGUGUAGGGGACAUGGCCUCAUGGACCAGACCCCUGUUUUCAUCACUUCAGGGGUCCUGGUGAUUGCGGGCUGACCCCGGGACCAGUCUGAGUGCUGUGCCGGCUCCUACAUUGUGACAGGAGCCGGGUGCAUCAUGUAACGUUACAGUGCAACACCCGGCUCCUGUCAAGAGUUUGCACUUUGGCAUCACCCCUCAGCCGGUAACACCUGGGUGCGGCCCGCACCCCCCUUGUGAUGCCACUUCUGUAUUCAUACUAAAUAUAAUUACAAAAGUCUAUACAUUUUACAUACACCUUUCUCUGCCUUCCAGCAGCAGGGGGUGUUUCCAGCGAAAUAUGGGAAUAAUCUCAGUACCCUCCAACCAUAAAGUAAUACAUAGCGGAACACUUCCCCCAGCACAUAAUUAUGUCCUUAUAUUGUAAAUGAUAUAUUACAUUUUAGUAGAUUACUCUAAAGGUGCCCAUACACUAGUCGAUAUUAUGAGUAAUUUGGCCAUUUCAGACGGAUCGGAAAUACAAAUCAUUCAUAAUAAUGCAGAUCGUCCAUUGUCUGUGAACGAUAACGAUGCGCGGUCCUGCUGGUUGUUGGUCGAAGCUUCUGAUCUUCCCUGCUGCAGGGAAGAACUGAAGCUAUUGUCAACGACCGCAUGUUCCUAGAUGUAGCCACUACCAGAUCUUAAGAUAGAUCUUAAAGAUAUACAGUAUCAUGUGUAUUGAACUAUAUCAUUUGCCCAGGACUGCUGGGGAGCUGCCGGGGGAGUUCAAGGGAAAUCGUUAAUGAGAAAUCAUCAUUUACAGGUCGUCUAGUGUAUGAGCACCUUAAGUCAGAAAAUCUUUUACAUUCUAGGCAUGCUUGAAAGUAAUAAUUGGUAUAAAAGUAAAUAUACGUUGUACUAUAUCUCUAUGUACUUAAUAAAAAGCAGUAAAAAAAAUAUAUAUAUGCAAAUUUCCGUUGUCUUCUUGUUGUCUUACAGUUUAAGAAAAUAUUCUGUUAAUGUAUCCUUGUUUUCUUAAUAAAAGUCCAAACCCUUC